CAGAAACCAGUCUUUCGUCGCAGUUUUCGCUUUUGCAUUGCAAGCAGUUUUUCGGAACCAUUACGAAAAUUUCGGGAAUUAUCGCAUCAAUAUUCAUUUCGUUUUGUUUCAUUUCUAGUGAGAAAUUGUAUUUUCUAUAAAGAAAAUACUGUGUUGAUUAAUUUCGUCUUUUGAAGUGAUCGAAACUAGCAAAUUUGAUGUAUUGAAGAUAGCAAGGAUUUCGUGACGAGUAGCUCUUGACGGCAGUCAGUCGUUCGCCCCCUUUUCGGUGAUCUUUGACAUCAGCAGAAAAUAACUAAGUUGCAAUGGCCAUUUGUAGCAACUAAUGUUUUUUAUGUUUUACGUGCAUACAGUAAAAAUCCACUACAUAUUGAACACCUGUUUUGUUGGAUUGUAUUUUCUAUAAGAAUCAUUGUUGAAGAAAAGCCAUUAUUCUCAAACUUCGAUAGAAAUGGAUAGUCCCUGUGAAUCGGAGAGCUCUUUGGAUGGUGGAGCUAUGCUCCCACCAAGUCCAGUUUCACGUGAACAGCUGCAGAAGCGUAUCGAAAGCCUGACACAACAGAAUAAGGUGCUUAAAGUGGAGCUAGAAACAUAUAAGAUUCGUGUAAAGGUUAUCCAAGAAGAAAACCGCGCACUGCGUCAAGCUUCGGUUAUUAUUCAAGCAAAAGCCGAACAAGAGGAAGAAUACAUUUCCAAUACCUUGCUGAAGAAGAUCCAAGCAUUGAAAAAAGAAAAAGAAACCUUGGCUCAUCAUUACGAGCGCGAGGAAGAAUGCCUAACAAAUGAUUUGUCACGUAAAUUAGACCAAUUGCGACAAGAAAAAUGUAAACUUGAACUUACAUUAGAACAGGAACAAGAAUGUCUAGUAAACAAGUUGAUGCGAAAGAUCGAAAAGCUGGAGGCAGAAACGUCCGCUAAGCAAAAUCAUUUGGAACAGUUGCGACGUGAAAUGGUUGAAUUAGAAAACACACUAGAACAGGAACAGGAAGCACUAGUUAAUAAACUGUGGAAGCGAAUGGAUAAGUUGGAAGCUGAAAAACGCUCACUACAGAUUAAACUCGAUCAACCUGUUUCGGAUCCAACCAGCCCAAAGGAAAUUCAUCAUCGUAACGAAAACGGCAAUGACACUGCCUCGCAACUGACAGCACAUAUUCAAAACCUCCGAUCGGAAGUAGAUCAGCUUCGUAGUAAUUUAGCUGCUGCAGAAAAGGAAAGCAAAGAAAAAUCUCAACAAUUUGCUCAAGAAGAAAAAUGCAUUCGAGAUGAAAAUAAGCGUUUACAGCGAAAACUACAGCAGGAAGUGGAGCGCCGCGAAGCUCUUUCUCGACAUUUGUCCGAAUCGGAAUCUUCCCUGGAGUUUGAAGAGGAGCGGCUUUUCAAUGAGAGUGUGUCUGCCUUCGGUGGUACAGGUAGCAACAGUAAUCGACCGCUUAGUCCAGGAGCUCUAACAAGAUGUCACGCGUGCGGUCAACUUGUUACACGUAGAACAAGCGAAAGAUUCAUCAAGCCAGCGAUUCCGCUUGGACUCAAUACAUCUGCACCAAAUGUGCUACAUCAUCACAAUAGUAUGUCUGGUCUCUGCAGUAGCAGUGGAAGCGGUGCCGGUGGCAACAGUAGCCACUUCCCAAUGCUUUCCACUGGUGCAGGCACUGGUAGUGGCGGGGGUGGAGGCGUUUCAAGUGCUGGUGCCAAUAAUUCACUCAACAAUAGUAUGACAUCGUCCUCAACAUAUAACACUAGCAGCAACAUUUCCUUCGGUGGAAAUACAUCCUUUGUGCAACCGGCCAGUCCAAUGGAUACUUCAAUGUAUAAGGACUAAAUACGUUUCAUUAUCUUCACGAUUCAAAAUUCGAUAAGAGAAAACGACGUGUGUUCGUAAAUAACAAGAACGAAAAGCAGAAGAAGCAAGCAAAGCAAGCAAAUCGAAUGGAAGGAUUUAUGAACAUUUAAUGCAUAAUGAAUUUUCCUCAUUGUUAAAUUGAUUUACUAUUUCUAAUAACUAUUGUUUAUGAAUUAGUCAUUUACAUAUAUAACAUUUAUUUUGUAAAACAAAAUUCAACUAUUUGAGUGCGUGCAUGGCAACAGCAAGAUACUACGUAGCAAAAAUACGAAACGAUAUGAAAAAAAAAACUUCAAGAGCAGCCGUGCUUAAUGUGAUAGAAUGGUAAAUAAUGGGAUCUCUGCCCGUUGAGUAUGUUGGCAUAAUCUUAUUGGUAUAUUGGGGUUGUUAAAAUUUGAAUAAUAUGAGACACCGAACCAGUUUUGAAAAAUUCAAAUUUUUAAUAACUUUCAUAUUGUAAACAUACUGCAAACGUUGUUGGGUUAAUGUUCGGGACACAUUCUUGAUAUAAUAUCCGCAGAAUAGUCAGUUAAAAUUACGUCUGUUUUACCUUGCAAUCAUAAAAUAGUAAAAGAAUUACGCAAUGAAAUGAUUCUAUCUCAGACUCAUUAUUUCCAUCGAAGAAAACGGUCGUUUAAGUUUUAUUAAGAAAGCACGUGGAACAAAUCAUUGUAAAAAAAAGAUUUCUUUUCGCAAUGACUUAUCAAUCCACCACUUUCGUAAUAUAGCCAUGUCAUCAUCUGAAUAAACAUUUCAAAUUGUCUCUUCAGUUUACCACGAUGAACGCUAUGAUUGGUAAUCGUUAUACCUUAUAUAAAGACAGUUUUUGCCAAUGAGUGUCGUACUAAACUAUAAUAACACGCAGCAAAGAUACAGGCUGAAAUUUAUUACCUACUGCUAGAGGAGUUAGAAGAUGUUGCUAGUUAUCGUAACCAGACAUAAAGAGUAGAAAAAAGAUUUAUGAAAAUGAGAAAAAUCGACUGCCUAUAAAGAUGCAAUUAUUAUUGUAUGCGCGUUUAAAUUCGAGGCCUCUUACAUAAUUUCAACAAAAAAAUCCAUGCAACAAAGUAAUGGCGAAAUGUAUUCCAUUUGACCAUCUCACGAUUGCUCAUUUUACAGCUUAUCAAUUUUCACAAAUAAACGUAACAUUGAAAAUGUACUUACUAAUGCAUCAACAGUAAAAAAGUUAUGUUUUAAGCAAAUGCGAUCCACACACCACUCGCAUCAGUUUAUGCAAUAUCAGAAUCGUAGAAUUAACACAAAAGCACAUAAACUACACAUACAAUACCAGAUGUAAGAAAAGUAAAGAGAAAGCAAGGAGGCAGCGAAUAUACUACCGACUGGAAUCACAGGAAAUAAUUUUGAAGAUCAAAAUCGAAAACAAAUGGAUUUCACAUGAGAUGAUUGAGCCAAGAGCCAUCAAGCAAAAAACGAUUUAAACCAAACGAUAAUCGAAUAAGUAGUACGAAUCUAGUUCUACAAUAUAAAACUGAUGCGUUUCCUUUGAAAUUAACAUGAAUUGAAAAAUAACCACAGGUGUUGUAUAACCUGAAUACACAACAAACAGCUGCAAAUCCUUAGUGAACGAAGAUUGUGGGCCGUAGAACAGAAUCGACGAGCAGCUUGCCUCAUUUAAAAUACGUAGGCGAGUUGAGUAUACUCGUCAAUUGUAAUAGGGCCCUGUAGUUAUUGUGUACCACUAUCAACACAAACAGUUAAAAAAAAUGAAUGCAUCGAGCUGAAGAUAAAAUUGAUUUUCUCACAAUGCUAUUCUGGUUUAUGAAUUUUUUACUCUCUUUCAGUUGGGACAUGUAUAGGAAAUAAAAAUUUAUUCCCAAAUAUUCAGUUUUGAUUACUGAUAUUUCAAGAAGAAUUUAAGUAAAGAGAGAAUGCAAAUCUUGUGAACUAAAAAUGAACUAUAGAUUUGAAAUUUAGAAAAUUAAAGUCAUGCAAUAAAAAUAUUUAAAAUAUUUUUUGUCCACUCUGAACAUAAACAUCUCUAUUUUUAUGUGGAAUUUGCUCAAUACCAGAUGAUAUGAUAUGAUAUGUUUGUCACCAAACAGCAUGAUGGUCAUACUUGACUCGUUUUUCUCAUCAAGGUAGAUAAUUAGCAAAAUCGAAUUCCCUUGCCAAGCAGAAAAUCCUCACGAAACGCAAAUGGAGUACUGAAAUGACAUCCGUUGUUUUAUCUGUAUCAGCUUGCACUCUAUUAUUAUUUUUACAAUACAGGAUCAUUGAUAAACAAAUAAUCGUAAUAAACGUUAAAUUGAAA